UACUUUGCGCACCUUGCCAAACGACGACGAAAGUUUCGAACCGUUCGUGACGUUCCGUCACCGCCACUCGACGAAGAAAUAUUGGACCAUUUACAACGCGGCGACCUGCCGCCACCCGAUUACGGGUACACGAUGAUUAGGGCUAGGCAGCCUGCAUCUGCUGCCCCACGCCGCGGAAUACGCCCACCACGCGUGCAUAAGCGCACGAUUAUCGAGCUACACUUAGAAGUGCUCCACGAAUGUGAAGAGGCCGAGUGGCAAAACGUCAAAGACGACUAUUGGCAGAUACUCGUGGAGCAGUUUGUGCAGGAGUUGAUGCGGGACGAGGACACGAAUAACAAUAUCUUGGGUGUUUCUACCUCAAACCAUGGUUUACCAGGGACCCAUGUUUCUUCCACUGACUCCAAAGGAACAGAUCCGUGUCCAUUUGAUGAAUAUCACCCAUGCAAGUGUAUUGAAACUAUACCGUUAGCCAUGGACACUUCUACACGACAUGCACAGGACCCUGAUCCCUGGAAGUGUAUGGAAACCAUACAGUUCGAUGCAGAACACAAUGCUCAUUCCAACCCCGACCACGUGACGUCGUACUGCAUCCAUUGGAUUAACUGGAUUCACCGCAACAAGCACCUAUUGCAGGAGUGCACGACGCAGCCGUGGUUUUUGCAAUUAAAAGCGAAUUGGAAACAAUACCUG